AUGCCGAGGAUUCCGUUCCAAAAAUCUUCAUAUUUGUCUCAGUAUCGAGGGAUGCGCCCGAAUUCCUACACGGCGCAUAUGCCCUUCGACCCUAUUUGCUGUUCAGCAAUUUUUCCUGGAGCUGAAGUUCCCCAAGAGAAUGAGAGGCUCUCGAAGCUUCUAAUGGAUUCUCAUUCACAAUUAACUCCCUCGCUUGGCGAACAACAGGCUGUCGCGACUUUGGUAGCCAAAGUCGUGGAAUAUUUGGAGUCAAUUGCUCUUGAAAAAGGGCACUCUCAAAUCGGACAAAUUGAAGAAAUCCGGGUGGUUGGCUCCUUCAAAGAGGGUACGAUGUUGGCGGGACAUUGCUUGGCAGAUGUUGUCGUUCUGCUACGCGAUUCGCCCACUUUUGAGAUGGCUAGGAACAUUAGCCUCCUGCUAAAGCAGAAAUUUUUGGACAAAGAGAUCGAAGAACCCGAGGAACCUCUUGAAAUCAUUCAUCAGCCCUACGGUUUUGACCUUGAGUACCUCGGUGUCUGCAUUCGUGUGGCGUUUGCUGUACAAAAUUUUAGUGCAAUAAGCAAUACAGAAACUGGACUGCAUAUAAGCCCACCGGACCAGCACGUUGCUCACGCCGCCAUCGUCCAUGCCCGCUGGGCCGAGGAAAGGGCCGCGCACGCGAACGUCAAAGCACUCAUACGCUUAUUGAAGGAUUUAAGACGAAGAUUUGUUGGCUUUAAUCACCUCACCCCCUGGCAAGUGGAUCUCCUCGCCUUUCAUGCGGUCAUGCACAACCCCAUGAAUGCUCCCCUUCCACUUUCUGUCGCUUUCCGACGAGUCAUUCAAGUCCUAGCUGCUGGCCUGUUUCUCCCAGGCAGCACUGGAAUUAUCGACCCCUGUGAACCACAGAAUCGGCGAGUUCAUGUUUCCUUAAAUCUCAUUCAGCAGGAUGAAUUGUGCUGCGCCGCUCAGACUGUGUGUAAAAUUUUAAACCUUGAAAAGUUCUCCAUCCUCUUCUCUAACAUGCAUCCUGCGAGACCAAUAACACUCGCCGAGCUUGUGGAGGCGGCGAAUGCCCUACCCGGGGAGAAAAUCGCACUUCCUGAACCUAUCUGCUUGGAAUCACACUCCACAGCCCCCGACACUACAACUAAAUCGGUGGUUGUUCCUUGA